GCAGCGCACCGCCAUCCGCCGCCUGCCAUUCUGUCCUUCCCUCGCCGAACAAGAUGGUGCAAACCAACGCCGUGCGCGCGGACCAAAUAUAAACCCUACGUUAACUUCACCACCAGACGCCGAACGCGAGGAAUUGUUCCCUGUCAGAACACCGGGAGACCACCUACAGAAAGGCGGGCUGUUCACAAUGACCAACGAGGAGCCUUUACCCAAAAAGGUUCGUCUCAGUGAAUCUGAUAUGAAGACCUUGACGAGAGAGGAGCUGUGCACAAGGUGGAAACAGCACGACGCAUAUGUGCAGGUCCUGGAGGCGAAAUAUGCAGAGCUGUGUUCCAAUGAUGUACCAGGCCUGAAGGAAUCAGAGGAGAAGCUCAAGCAGCAACAGCAGGAUUCGGCCCGCAGGGAGAACAUCUUGGUCAUGCGACUUGCCACGAAGGAACAGGAAUGCACAACGCACAUCCAGUACCUCAAGCAAGUCCAGCAGCCAAGUGCGGCCCAACUGCGCUCAUCCAUGGUGGACCCGGCCAUCAACUUGUUUUUCCUCAAAAUGAAGGGUGAACUGGAACAGACUAAAGACAAACUGGAGCAGGGCCAAAAUGAACUGAGUGCCUGGAAAUUUACACCUGAUAGCCAAACUGGGAAGAAGCUGAUGGCCAAGUGUCGCAUGCUGAUUCAGGAAAACCAGGAAUUGGGUAGGCAGCAGUCCCAGGGGCGUGUGGCCCAGCUGGAGGCAGAGUUGGCCCUGCAGAAGAAGUACAGCGAGGAGCUGAAGAGCAGUCAAGACGAGCUGAAUGACUUUAUCAUCCAGCUGGACGAGGAAGUGGAAGGGAUGCAGAGCACCAUCCUGGUCCUGCAGCAGCAGCUCAAAGACACCCGCCAGCAGCUCACCCAACCCCCGGGGGCUUCGGCUGCACCGGGACCCAGCAGGACCUCGCCCGCCGACUCCGAGACGGCGGCCCAACUCCCCGAGCACGCCGACGCCCCGUCCGACCCGACGGACAAAGAGUCCGGGAGGGUGUCCAACGGGCCCAGCAAGGGCGGCUCGUCCAAGAGAAGCGAGGCCGCCACGCCCGGCCUGUACCGGGAGGUCAGCAGCACCGACGAAGACUUUGCCAUGUCCCCCAUGGCAUCCAGCCCCGGUGAAGCCGAGACCAAACUGUCCAACCACUCCGAGGAGGCGUCAGGGAGUCAGAGCGGAGCCGCCAGGGCUGGAGGACCCAUGGGUUUGAGCGCAGGGUACGAGAGUGUGGAUUCUCCGACGGGCAGCGAGACCUCAUUGACUCAGCACUCGAACGACACGGACUCCACCGCCGACCCGCACGAGGAAAAGGCCGCCCAGGUCACCAAGGGCACCAGGACUUCACGGCACGCUCAAAACGGCCUGGACUCCUCCACGAGCGACGCUGCGGUUUUGUAAUGUACUUAAAAAACGUAUGUUCUUUUUUUUCUUUUUAUACGGAACACAGAACAAGACGACAACCGCUUAGUGUGUAACGCAGCGCUGCUGUCGUUUAGUUUUCCUGCCCUUUCCCUUUUUGCUUCUUGUCAAAGCUCUGUCACCUUUGUGUUGCUCGGCAGGGGACAACUUGGGGAAUGGUUGAUGUUAGACAUCCAUUGAAGUGGUGUAUGAUUUGAAAACUACUUUUCAUUCUGCUCUUGAUUUGAGUCAGCCACUGACCAUCUGCUGUUGUAACUCAUUAAGUUGCUCAAGUCACAGAAUUACAUCUCACUUAGAUAUUGGCCUGUGCUUAUUUUUUUUUUUAUUAUUUCAAUUUUAAAUUUCUUUAAAAAGUUCAGUUGGAAAGAUUCUGUGAGUAGUUUAUAAGAGAUGUUCACAUUCUGACUCAGUCUUUUUCAUGUACUGACCAAAUACCAAUAAAGAUUUUUAAUACUAAAUCA